AGAUGUUCAUACUUUGUUCCCAACUGGAACUAUGAAGAAAAGAACAUUAACUUCGAAAGCUGAGUGAUAAAGGUUGAAGAUGUAACUGCUCUCUCUCUCUCUCUCUCCUCUCUCUCAUUAUAUCAUGCAAAUGGAUCUUGGGUCCUGGGUUAGAAAUCAAGCCUAAUAAAAACACCCUUCUGCUAUUUCCAAAGCAUUUGCAGUGAGGCAGAAAGUCUGCAGGGUUCUUCCUCUCUCUCUCUCUACUCUCUAGCUCUAGCUAUCUGUUUUCUUCCAAUUUUUUUAAUUAAUUUUAAAAUUCUUUUCUGGGUUAUACUAUACUAAUAUUUUAUCUCUCAUCUGUCUUGUCUGCUGUCUUUUCUCAAGUGCCUCAGGCUUCUUCACUCCACUUUAAACAAAACUUUGCAGGCUUUUUCUGUCAGAACCUCUGCCAAAAGCUUAAAAAAAAACAAUCUCCACACCCAACAAACCCAACAUAUUAAUCUCACCCAGUAAACAACUAAUCACCACAACAGAAAAACAGACCAAGCUUGAACCCCACCCCAUCUCUCUCUCUCUCUCUCUAGAUGGACUUUCACCUUGAGCAAUGGAGAACCCAGCAGCAUGAGUCAGAGGAACAACAUUCUGCAAAGAUACCAAAACUUGACCUUGAUCCCCAUCAAAACUCAGAGCUUCCAUCUGCUGGGUAUGCUCUCCCUCUGUUUGUUCCUGAACCCAACACCAAAAUCCUGUCAGCAGCAUUUUCUGAAUCCUCACCUGCCACCUCCAGAUUUCCCAAAGAAAUGGGAAGCUAUUUCAGCUUGUCACAGUGGCAGGAGCUGGAGCUGCAGGCUUUGAUAUUCAGGUACAUGGUGGCCGGUGCGGCUGUUCCUCCGGAGCUUCUUCAGCCAAUCAGGAAAAGCCUCCAUUCUGCUCCUUAUUUCCUCCACCACCCUCUCCAACAGUUCCCUCACCUUCAACCUGCUUUGUUGCAAUCAGGGUAUUGGGGAAGAGCUGCCAUGGAUCCGGAGCCAACGAGGUGCAGGAGGACAGAUGGGAAGAAAUGGCGGUGCUCGAGAGAUGUGGUUGCAGGUCAGAAGUACUGUGAGCGCCAUGUGCACCGUGGCAGAAACCGUUCAAGAAAGCCUGUGGAAGUUGCCACCACAACCACCGCCGCCACCACUACCGCUGGUGGCGGAGGGAGUGGCACUAGUCUUAAUAAUGCUACCACCGUCACCAAUACAUCCGCUACUGGGACCCAUUUCGCUCUUUCUGGGUCUUCAUCAUCCCCUUCGAUUGAUCUUCUUCAUCUCAACCAAAGUUCUUCAGAGGCCAAACCUGAGAAUAUGAGCCUCUUCGGGCCCUGCAGUGAGGUCUUCGCUAGUGCAAAAUCCGACAGCCAUGUGUUGAGGCCCUUUUUUGAUGACUGGCCGGGGAAGCUUCAAGAACUCGACAAUGCAAGAAGCAAUGCUAGCUCAAUGAACUCGGCCACCAGCCUCUCCAUUUCGAUACGUGGAACUACCUCAUCGGAUGUGUCGUUGAAAUUGUCUACUGGCAAUGGGGUCGAGCCAGGCCACCAGGACAGCCAUGCUGAGCGUGGGCAACCACAUUUGAAUUGGCCAGCCGGGUGGGCAACAAACCAAAUGGCUUCCAUGGGAGGACCACUUGCAGAGGCCCUGCGGUCCUCUUCCAACUCCAAUUCGUCGCCAACCAGCGUCUUACAUCGGUUGCCCCGCGCCUCUGCCUCCGAAGCUAGCUUCAUCAGCACUUGAAUUAUCAUCCGUAUCAGACAGUUCCGGCAAGCUUCUUAUAGUUGCUUGUGUAAAUCGCUCUCAUUAUUUUACUUUAACUGGACGAGUUCUGUGUAUGUUUUAACCAAAACAAAUUUAACACUCAUUAUCUCGUAGAUGUGCAAUUGCAAUUCACUUUUCAAGUUAAGGUGA